AUGAAACUGGACCAGGAUGACUCGGGUACAAUUGAGUCGGAGGAGUUUCUCAGCAUUCCAGCCAUUCGCACCAACCCCUUAGCAUCAAGAUUGAUUGAGAUUUUUGAUGACGACGGAGAUGGACAUAUUGAUUUUGAGGAGUUUCUGGGAGCUCUGAGUGCAUUUUCUAGUCGAGGUGCCAGAGAAGAAAAAUUGCGGUUUGCCUUCAAAGUCUACGAUAUUGACCGGGACGGGUAUAUCAGCAACGGAGAAUUAUUUAUUGUACUAAAAAUGAUGGUGGCUACUAAUCUUCAGCCACAUGAGCUGCAACAGAUUGUAGAUAAAACGAUUAUGGAAGCCGACAAAGAUGGGGAUGGAAAGCUGUCGUUCCAAGAGUUCAAGGACUUGGUUGAGAACACCGAUAUUUCGAAGUCCAUGACCCUGGAUCUAUUUUAG